AACUGGAGCAUUGCGGAGGAUCUGGUGAGGAGCGGUGGUGCCCUGCUGCUUUGCAAGGCGGCGAUAUUAACACAAGUGGCUUAAAUUAGGCUUUUGUGAUCAGCAGAGCAUUCUGAUAUGGCGGCCAGCGACGCAGACGUAGAUGCGUUGCUGCCAAAGUCGUCAUCUCCAGAGACAGAGAAAAGAAGACCGGAGUCGUCCACUAAAUCUCCUAGGACCGCCAAACAGCAUCGCUCUAGAUCCAGGUCACAGUCAAGAGACCGAAAACGGAGGUCCACUGACAAGAAGCACAGACGGAGUAGGAGCAAAGAGAACCAACUUCUUCUUGAAACAGGCACGAAGGAAGGACUCUGAGAAGCCCUCGAAGUCAUCCAAGGCAGAGGAGCCACAUGAACGUGAGCAGGCAGAGAAAGGCCGGGAGAGGCUGUUGGCUGAAAAUGGGGAAGACCGGCACAGGCGUAAAGAUGCAAAGCCUUCCAGGGGCCGAGGCCAUUCCAGGUCCCGUUCGCGGGAAAGGCGGCAUCGAAGUAGAAGUCGAGAGAAGCGGCGGUCCCAUUCUCGAAGUCGUGAGAAACGGUCAAGGAGCCGGGAUAGGAAACGACGAGUCAGGUCCCGAUCCCGUUCCCGGAGCAAACACAGAUACAGGAGCCGUAGUCGCAGCAGGAGCAGGGAAAGGAAAAAGAGGAGCGAAAAGUUGCGCAGGAAGAGCCGCAGUAGAUCAUUGAGUCCCCUAGCUUUCCGGGGUAGGAACACUGCCAUGGAUGCCCAGGAGGCCUUGGCCAGAAGAUUGGAAAGGGCAAAGAAGCUCCAGGAACAAAAGGAGAAAGAAAUGUUGGAAAAGCAGCAGCAGCAAGAAAUUGCUGCAGUAGCGGCCCCUCUACUCUGUGACCCUGUGGCAGCUGCUGCGGCCACUGGUAGCUCAGUACUGAAUGUAGCGGCACUCCUAGCUUCGGGGACUCAGGUCACACCCCAGAUUGCCAUGGCAGCACAGAUGGCGGCCUUGCAGGCCAAGACAUUGGCAGAGACGGGCAUUGCUGUGCCCAGCUAUUACAACCCGUCUGCUGUGAACCCAGUGAAGUUUGCUGAGCAGGAGAAAAAGAGAAAAAUGCUCUGGCAAGGCAAAAAGGAAGGGGACAAGUCCCAGACUGCAGAGCUGUGGGAGAAGCUAAACUUUGGAAAUAAGGACCAAAAUGUGAAAUUCCGCAAGCUGAUGGGCAUUAAAGGUGAAGAAGAAAGCAGUGCUGCUGCCCUGCUUAAUGAUGAAGGUCUGAAGACCCUGCAGCAGCAGGAAGAGAUGUUCCGGAACCUGGAUGUUCAAUAUGAAAUGGCCAGGUCACAGACCCACACCCAGAGGGGAAUGGGACUCGGCUUCUCCUCCUCCUUCUCCUCCAGAGGGAUGGACACCCUGUAAUGCCAUCUGCCCUGAUCUCUGCUUUUCUCCAUAACGCUGGGAACCAUUUGCUGUGUCUUGUGGGUGAAGUCAUCACUUGCUGGGAGGAAAAAAGCUAGUCUGCUGACUUGCAUGGAUUUUGCAUUUGAUCUAACCAGAGGAAAAAAAAAGACAGAUGAACAUUUGUAUGUAAAUAGUCAAGAGCUGAUUUGGUGUCAGCAAUUGAAGUCUGUAUAUCUUUUUACGAAAAAUUAUGCAGUGGUUCAGUGUGAAAACGAGAUGGCAGUGGACUGUGGGUCGGAUACAGGAAAAAUUGCUACAUCUCCUGUUUUUGUACUAAAAUUGUGUAUAUAUAUUCAUUUGAAACGUAUAGAUGUAAAGUCAAAAGAUCCAUUAUGAUUUGAUUAGGGGAGGGUGGGAAUAUUUGACAGUGUCAUGAUACGUAGCGUUUGGUUGGAAAGCCUUUGUAGUAGUUUUACUUUUGACUAAAAUACCAUUGUAAACAAUAGAAAAAAUUGUACCCCAGGGUUUGUUUUUGUCAAUGCUGACAUCAAAUUCAUGUAAAAAUGUUCCCUCAAUAAAUUGGCAAAAGGA